AUGGUGUAUUCGAUUGGUGUCUGCCAGAGCAUCGAUAGGAUUGCAUUAGCUAUGAAUUGCAGUGACCAGCAGGCGCCCGUGAGCGACUCUAGACGAUCUUCCGAUACGCAGCUGCGGGGACAAUUGCAGGAUUCGUCGAACACUCAGGCUCAGGAGGGUUGGGUCGUGGGACUGUUCAAUUUCACCUGGGUGGUGAGCUACUUCCUCGUUGGGUCUACCGUUUUCAUCACCAAAUGGUCUGUUUAUCUGGUGACGUUUUGUCUGUUGCAUGUGCCGAGAUGGAUCUUCGUGGAGACGAGCAAGCUGCAUUUGACCAUUUCGUUCCCGACAUUCCUCAUCCUGGCGACGCUGACAGCGUACGUGAUAUAUUGUGCUAUGAAGGGGAACGUGUUUGCACAGUACAAGCGGUUGAUCCCGGACGAGAUCGGCGACAGUGGUUACACCGAGAUGAUUAACAAGAGCUCGAGCUCGAAGAAAAUCAGCAAGGAGAAGAGCUCUGACAGCAGACGGCUGUUCUUGGAUGAGUCCAACGACAGCAGGUAUGGCGCAUCACACCUGGAUCAGUUCCUGAGCGCGAUCAAGAUCUUUGGAUAUCUCGAGAAGCCGGUUUUCCAUGAUCUGACAAAGAACAUGAGGACGCAGAAGCUCAACGAGGGUGAAAUCCUAUUGCUUGAUGAUUCUAUAGGUUUUGCGAUUGUUGUCGAGGGCACGUUGCAGAUUUAUCACAGAGUGGAGCAGGAAAGUUCCUUUGGGGAGCAGCUGAGCAAGAAUGGUUCGCUGGACGAAACGCUCGAGCCGUUCAGGAGUUGCACUGUGGAGGAGCAAGAAGUACAAGACUACGAUGAUCUCUUAAACGGAGAACACGGCGAUGGCUCUGCCUAUAUCCGUUUGAAGAACGGGCUGGGUAAGUUUCAGUUACUGAACACAAUGAAACCAGGUAAUCCCGUAUCUUCCUUAGUCAACAUUUUGAACCUUUUCACUUCCACUUACCAAGAAUUUGAUUGGAGAGAAGCGGCUAGCAGGUCUUCGUCGGUCGAUGUCACCGUUUUCCAAUCGGAUUUCAAUGGGUUUUCUGAGACUGCGGUCAAUGAUGUGACUCCGGUUUCGCCCCCCACCGCAGAAAGCUUGCCCACAUCGGAUUUGGGUAGCCGUAAUACACCUCCAAUACGCGUUACAAGAGUGAUCGCCCGUGCGGCGACGGACUGUACCAUUGCAAUAAUUCCUCCCCAGGCUUUCGCCAAUUUAACUGCCAAAUACCCCCGCUCGGCGUCUCACAUCAUCCAAAUGAUCCUCACCAGGUUGUAUAGGGUUACAUUCCAGACUGCGAACGACUAUCUGGGUCUCACUAGAGAAAUCAUGAAUAUGGAAGUCGUACUCAACAGAAACGUUACCUUCGAUUUACCCUUCUAUUUGAAGGAUGCAGUGAUAAGACAAGUGAACGCUCAGUUAUCAAGCGACGGCUUUGAAGGCAAAAGUGCUGUCAAGUCCGAAUCCAAAAAUAUGGCCCCCUCUUCUUUGGAGUCGCACCGUAAGGCUAAGAACCCCCCGGAGAGACCCCAAUUACGAUCUGCAGCGAAUUAUCAAUCAAAUUCGUCAGUGAGGGGAUCGAGGCAUGUUGUUCUCGGAUCCCGAGAUCAUCUGAAUCCGGGAGAUUUACUUUCUAGUGUUCCACUGUCUCGGAAGGAGUCUCCAGCGUCUUCAGCGACUAUGUCGCAAAGCAAAGUAUCUUCGCCACUGUCGUCUCAGAGCCAAAAGAUAAUGGCUCCCUCCUCAUCUAAGUCAUCCAGCGGAAACUCUCGUUACUCGGUACACUCCCUCCUUUCUCAAGGACUUGCAUCGCCCGGAAGUAUGAAACUUAAUGUUAAUGACAGCUCACUAUCAGGCUUCGAAUGCGGUUCGAAAAACGACGAUAUCAAGAAUUGGUCCUUCUCUGCCGCUCAAGAGGAAACUGAGGAAUCGGCUUUGAGAAUGGCUCUAGUCGAAGCAAUGUUCACUUAUCUUGGCAUCAAUAGAGAUAAUAUGGCAAUGCCUUCAUCGCCUUCCAGCGCCUUCUCUCACGAAGAUGACCACGAUAGAAAGGUGGGUAAUUCCAAUUCAAGGAAUGAUAGCAUUAUUGCCACGUCGUCAAGUGUAUCACUUUCAUCAUACCUUGCACCACCUUCUGCACCUCUAAGAAUUCUCCCCAGUGAUUAUGCUAUCACCUCUCAAAAACAAAAACCAAAGAAAAGGCACUUUUACCGGGAAGAGGUAUCCCCCAACCUUGACUAUGACUCUGCUAAAGCUGAAUUCUCUCAAGGCAUUGAAAUUCAUUUCUUCAAAAAGGGUACUGUUCUCGUGGAACAGAAUCAUAAAGGAAAAGGUCUGUUUUAUAUUAUUUCCGGUAAGAUAGACGUCACUGCCUUCGCAAGGCAACCCGAUGGACACUCUCAUUUUGGGAGCGGCAGACCAACUGGCCGGGGCUCCGAAAAUAAGGAAACUGUAUUGUUCACUGUUGGGGCAGGCGGAGUAGCCGGUUAUCUUUCCUCACUGAUAGGUUAUAAAUCAUUUGUCAAUUUGAAGGCCAGAACUGACGUGUACGUUGGGUUCUUGCCAAACAGGGUCUUAGAAAGGCUUUGCAACAAGUACUUCAUGAUCUACUUGCGCAUAGCAGAGACAUUAACUAGCUUGCUUUCUCCAAAGAUGCUGAAAUUCGAUCAUGCAUUGGAAUGGAUUCAGCUAUCUGCAUCAGAGACUUUGUUCCGGCAGGGAGAUCCUGCUAAUGGUAUUUAUCUGGUUUUGAACGGUAGGUUGAGACAGCUGCGUCGUAAGAUGGACACGCAGAACAAGGGCGAUGAUGCGGUAGAUUCAGGAGAUCAAAACGAUUCUCACUCUGAUAGCAACAGUGAUUUAGAGAUAGUUAAUGAGCUCGCUCAGGGGGAGAGUUUUGGAGAAGUUGAAGUGCUGACCGCAAUGAACCGUGUGGGUACUAUGGUUUCAGUCAGAGAUUCAGAAUUAGCGCGUAUUCCGAGAACGUUAUUCGAGCUCUUAGCCCUUGAGCAUCCCUCUAUUAUGAUUCGGGUGUCCAGAUUAGUUGCGAAGAAGGUUCUCGGAAGUGACAACGGCGGAUCGGGCUCUAAGAUUAAAAACGACGACGAAGACGAUUUCAGUGGUUCGCUUUCUCAGCCUAGACCUAUGAAUGUCAGCUAUACCCACAACCCUCCGCAUCUUCAUAGUAGUUGCGGCAAGAUUACCUACAGAACCUUAACCAUUUUGCCUAUCACGGGAGGCCUGCCUGUCGAGGACUUUGCAAUGAAACUAGUUCAAGCAUUUAAGAAGGUCGACCGCUCGACAAUCGGUCUUAAUCAAAGAACAGCAUUAUCACAUUUAGGUCGCCACGCAUUUGAUAGAUUGGCCCAGUUGAAAAAAAGCGGCUAUUUUGCUGAACUGGAAGAAAUGUACGAUACAGUUGUGUACAUUGCUGACACCCCUGUAAAUUCCAGUUGGACCAAAACAUGUAUUGCUCAAGCUGAUUGCGUGUUGUUACUGGCUGAUGCUGCCGCAUCUCCCGAUAUCGGGGAGUUUGAAAGGCUGCUCCUCAACUCGAGAACUACCGCCAGAACAGAGCUAAUUUUGCUUCAUCCAGAUAGAUAUGUGGAACCCGGUUCGACUCAUAAAUGGCUACGGUUUCGUGGAUGGGUGGAUUCACAUCAUCAUAUUCAAAUGGCGGUCAAUCCUUUGAGGGACGAAAGCGAUUCAAAGCAUGGUCCUCUGAACAGCGGCCCCCUUGGUUUGGUGGACAAGUUGAUCCAAACAGAAUUCAGUAAGAGAACUCAACAGAAUAUAUCCAAAUUGGUGCCUGAUUCGAUCAAAACCAGAAUGGAAACGCUUUCUUCCAGAUUUAAGGACCUCAAGAAACAUUAUUAUUCACCCGUUCAUACUCAUAAGAGUGAUUUCUUGCGGCUAGCAAGGAUACUAUCGGGACAAGCCAUUGGACUGGUCCUUGGUGGGGGCGGUGCCCGGGGACUUAGCCAUCUAGGUUUUUUGCAGGCCAUAGAGGAACAAGGCAUUCCAAUCGACAUGAUCGGAGGCACUUCGAUUGGCUCAUUCGUGGGUGGAUUGUACGCUAGGGAUUACGAUCUAGUUCCGAUUUACGGCCGUGUUAAAAAGUUUGCCGGAAGAAUUGCGUCGAUCUGGAGAAUGAUGACAGACUUAACCUGGCCAGUCACCUCUUACACUACGGGCCAUGAAUUCAACCGUGGAAUAUGGAAGGCGUUCGGCGAUGCUAGAAUUGAAGAUUUCUGGAUUCAAUACUACUGUAACUCAACAAAUAUCACUGAGUCGGUUCAGGAGAUCCACUCUUUCGGGUACGCAUGGAGAUACAUCCGAGCAUCGAUGUCGCUAGCCGGCUUACUCCCCCCUCUGGAAGAUAAGGGCUCAAUGCUCCUGGACGGUGGUUAUCUGGAUAAUCUUCCCGUUUGGGAAAUGAAGGCGCGCGGUUGCAAUACUAUCUUUGCUGUUGAUGUCGGCUCCGUCGACGACAGAACCCCCAUGGACUACGGGGACUCGCUGAACGGGUUUUGGAUCGUUCUGAACAGAUGGAACCCGUUCUCCCCACACCCGAACAUACCCAACAUGGCAGAAAUUCAAAUGAGACUCGGGUAUGUAGCCUCUGUCAACGCACUGGAAAGGGCAAAAAGAACUCCCGGCGUCAUUUAUGCCAGACCUCCGAUAGAAGACUAUGCCACAUUGGAUUUCGGCAAGUUCAAAGAGAUUUACGAGAUCGGGGCCCAGUACGGGAACAUAUUCCUCACAGAGCUUGAGGAACAGAACAAGAUGCCCUACAUCCCAGGUUCGAGGUCCACCUCCACCGAGGACGAGCUCCCUGAAUUUUUACUGCAUAGACGUAACAGCAUAUGA